AUGAGCGACCAGGAUCGCCGUGCCGUCCACGCUGUCCGCGUCCGAGGGCGGGCCGAGCGUCUCGUCUCGGGCCGGAUUGGCGGCGGCGCGGGCCGCGGGGCUCGCGGGCGAGGGCCGCCCGCGCCUUCUCUGACGCCGCGCUUUCUUCCCGCAGAGGCCGAGCACGGCUACGCCUCCGCGCUGCCCUUCGAGCGGGCCUGUGCCCGGAGGAGGACCGCCGCCAGGAAGGCCCCGAGCAGCCGGUCCUCACAUAAUGAAUUAGAAAAACAUAGGCGGGCUAAGCUACGACUAUAUUUAGAAGAGUUAAAACAGCUUGUCCCUUUGGGAGCUGAGAGUACUAGACACACCACGCUCAGCCUGCUGAAAAGAGCCAAGAUGCAUAUUAAGAAAUUGGAAGAACAGGACCGGAAAGCUCUAAAUAUUAAAGAACAAUUACAGCGAGAACAUCGGUACCUCAAACGUAGAUUGGAACAGCUGUCCAUGCAGGGCCUGGAACGAGUUCGCACAGAUAGCCUUGGAUCAACGAUAUCGACAGAUUCUGAGCAAGAGGUCGACAUUGAAGGUAUUGAAUUCACCCCCGCUGAAAUGGACAGCAGUGGAAGUGUUAGUGACGCAGAAGACAGUUUGCAAGGCAGCUCGAGCGACAGCGGCUACACCCGGCCCCACAGACGGAACGCCAGGCUUCUCUAGCCUUGGACUGGACUGCCAGGAUAUCCGGGUGGAAACCCUUCCCUUAAAAAGCCCAGAGGUGUCGACUGCCACUCUUCGGAAAGCGCCCCUUGAAAGAGGCCUCUGUCCAGGGUUCCCUAGGCUAUUAAUAUAUUAAAGUAGAAAUCAUGGGUUUUUGUUUUUUGUUUUUUUUACUGCAGGUUGAGAUUAGAUACAAUUUUAGGUUAAAGUUCCUUCAUGUCCCCUUUAUACAAGCAGUUAAUUGUUGAGAGGGGUUUUGUUAAUCUCUCCCAGAAGUGUAGAAGUUCAGCUUUUGAAUAAAUUACUUGGACCCAUUUUGACAA